AUGUCUUUAAAGACAUGGAUUAUACAUUGUAAUCUGAAACCCAUGGCAAUUAUUUAUAAUUAUUCGUUACGGUACGAAAUAAGCUGUUGUAGGACCCCGAGGGAGGGACAUACCUGGCCCCUAUACAAAGUCUACCCCCCAAAAACACUGGCUUGGGACACAAAGACCUUUAUUAUUCUUUCUACACAAAGAUUUUCUGAUCGAAUACAUUUAUCAAAAGUAUUCAAACAGAUAAUAACGUGGUUCUCAUUAUAUUGGGUAGUUCUACGUGGAUUGGCUCCUGUCAGCUUUGAUGACUCGAUUCUACAAUGUUCUACCUUACAAAAUAAGUAUGAAGUACCGAAAAAUCUCCAGUCAAGUUUUGUUACCUCAGAAAAAUUAUAUUCUCGACAUUUGCUACACUUACAGGAAGCAUAUCUCAAUAGAUUUCCAUUCACUAUUGCUAAUCCCGCUGUUACCGAAUUAGUCUCUUGUAAGGGCUCUACUUUCGUGUGUCGUAACAAGCCCAUAGAAACAAAAAAUCAAAGUUGUCAGACUGAAACACUUGAUACCGAAACAAACUUAGAAGCUUUAUCUACAAAAGUAGACCAAAUCUUUCACAAGUUAAACUGUCAUGCACUGAAAUCUAUUUCAGAAAGCAAGAUAAAACACUUCCCCAAAUUGUGGUUGGAUUUAGGGGAAUUAAACUAUUCACCAGCGCAGUAUAAUCUAGGUGUAUGGUACGAAAAGCAAGCAUCUGAGUGCCUGUCUCUUCAGGAUGGUCUGAAGCGACAUUAUAACAAACAAGCGGGUCAUUGGUACAGUUGUGCUGUUCGGGGAGAUUCCCAUCCACUGGCUGCCUAUAAUUUAGCAUGUCUUAUUCUGGAUUCUGAAGAGCCCAUAAUCCAUUCGAACUCGUCAGAUAAACCUUCCACAUUUACAGUCACAAAUCUAAUGAAACUGGCCGCUGAUGGUAAUGUCAAACAGGCAAAGAAAUACUUAUCGGAACAAUGUAUUACAAAAAUAUAG